AGAUGGCAAAUCCUGAGGUAGUUAUAAGUACCUGUGGCUCCCUGGAAGAGGAGAAUCCCUGCACUUUUAACCAGAAUACAUCUCCAUCACAGGAGCUUCUGUUAGAAGACCAGAUGAGGCGAAAACUCAAAUUUUUUUUCAUGAAUCCUUGUGAGAAGUUCUGGGCUCGAGGAAGAAAGCCAUGGAAACUUACCAUACAAAUUCUAAAAAUUGUGAUGGUGACCAUCCAGCUGGUUCUUUUUGGACUAAGUAACCAGAUGGUAGUAGCUUUCAAGGAAGAGAACACUAAAGCCUUCAAGCACCUCUUCCUAAAAGGCUACACGGACCGGAUGGAUGACACAUAUGCAGUGUACACGCAAAGUGAUGUAUACGACCAGAUCACCUUCGCAGUGAAUCAGUUCUUGCAGCUCCGCAACAUGUCAGUUGGGAAUCACGCUUAUGAGAACAAGGGUUCCAAGCAGUCUGCCAUGAGAAUCUGUCAGCACUUCUACAAGCAAGGAAACAUCUGUCCUGGAAAUGAUACCUUUGACAUUGACCCGGAAAUUGAAACAGAAUGUCUCUUUGUAGAGCCUGAUGAGCCUUUUCAUAUUGGAACACCAGAAGAAAAUAGACUCAACUUGUCACUGGACUUCCACAGGCUCUUGACUGUGGAGCUGCAGUUUAAACUAAAGGCCAUUAACCUGCAGACAGUCCGUCAUCAGGAACUCCCUGACUGUUACGACUUUACUCUGACUAUAACAUUUGACAACAAGGCUCACAGUGGAAGAAUUAAAAUAAGUUUAGAUAAUGACAUUUCCAUCAAAGAGUGUAAAGACUGGCAUGUGUCUGGAUCAAUUCAGAAGAACACUCAUUACAUGAUGAUCUUUGAUGCCUUUGUCAUUCUGGCUUGCUUGUCUUCCCUACUCCUCUGCCUUAGAUCUGUUGUGAGAGGACUUCAACUUCAGCAGGAAUUUGUCAGUUUUUUCCUCUUCCAUUAUAAGAAGGAAGUUUCAGCCUCUGAUCGGAUGGAAUUUGUCAAUGGAUGGUAUAUUAUGAUUAUUAUUAAUGACAUACUGACAAUCACUGGAUCAAUCCUGAAAAUGGAAAUCCAAGCCAAGAGUCUUACAAGUUACGAUGUCUGUAGCAUAUUUCUUGGGAUCUCUACCAUGCUUGUGUGGCUUGGAGUCAUCCGAUACCUCGGCUUCUUUGCGAAGUACAAUCUCCUUAUUCUGACCCUUCAGGCAGCUCUGCCCAGUGUCAUCAGGUUCUGCUGCUGUGCUGCCGUGAUUUACCUGGGCUAUUGCUUCUGUGGAUGGAUUGUGCUAGGGCCUUACCAUGACAAGUUCCGUUCUCUGAACAGUGUUUCUGAGUGCCUCUUCUCUCUGAUAAAUGGAGAUGACAUGUUUGCAACAUUUGCAAAAAUGCAGCAGAAAAGUUACUUGGUCUGGCUGUUCAGCAGAAUUUACCUCUACUCAUUCAUCAGCCUCUUUAUAUACAUGAUUUUAAGCCUUUUUAUUGCACUGAUCACGGAUACAUAUGAAACAAUUAAGCACUACCAACAAGAUGGCUUUCCAGAGACAGAACUUCGAAAGUUUAUCUCAGAGUGUAAAGAUCUACCCAAUUCUGGAAAAUACAGAUUAGAAGGUGACCCUGCAGAGUCUUUAUUCUGUUGUUGUAAAAAGUAGCUAUCAGGUUUAUCUGUGCUUUACAGGAACAUAUAAAGUGGCUGAGGUGGGAGAUGGUGUGGAUAUUUUGAGAUCAGGCACAGAUUUUAAAUACUAUUAUUUUGAGCUAACAGAUAGCUAUAAUUAAUCAAGAACUCUGUAUUUUAAAAACAAUAUCUAAUGUCGUCACUGCUCAUAUUGGGUUUGUUUUUUUAAAAGUAACCAAUGUUGAUGAGGAA